AUGUCUUCACAACCAGAUAUCGCGAAGCUCGCGCGCACCGCGAGCAUCCCCAGCGACGACUCGGCCAGCGCGGGGAGCAGCAACACGUCUGUGCAAACAGCGAAGCCUGCAGCCUCGCCCCCGGCCGCGACCUUUCCCCCUCCAAAAACCGACAAGCCACGGCCGCACAUCUGCACAACAUGCACGCGGUCGUUCGCGCGGCUGGAGCAUCUGAAGCGACACGAGCGCUCGCAUACCAAAGAGAAGCCGUUCGAGUGCCCGCAGUGCCAGCGGUGUUUUGCGCGGCGUGACCUGCUGCUGCGACACCAACAGAAGCUGCACCAGCAGGGCGCGACUUCCUCACGACCCCGCAAUGCCCGCAGGGAAAGCACCACCGGCUUGCCGCCCAACCCUUCGGGGCGUGUCCGCAAGAACUCGGUGUCGAGCAACGUGAGCGGGCUGGGCGGUCCUCCCAUGAGACCGCGCGCCAACACCAUCGGCCACAUCGACCUGUCUGCCCUGAACAGCUUCACAGCAGCACACAGCGCGUCACUAUCGAGAGGCAACGGCGGCCAUUCUGGGCAUUCACACCAUGCGAGCUUGUCCGGCAUCGGAGGGCUCGGCCAGUUCGACUACAGGGGCAUGUCAACCGCCAUAGGCAACCAUGGACACGGCUUGCCGCGACUCGACACCCACCUCGGCUUCGGCAUGGGCGGUGGCGGUCUUCGCACUGCUCCCAUACAAGCGACAGGGACCGACGACAUGGCGCUCAAUGACUUCUUUGGUGGGCCCUCUGGCUCGACAAUCAACCCCAACCAGCUUCACCAUUUCAACGGCGCUAUGGGCACCCCGCACUCGCCGUUCCGCCAGUUCGCCAACCCAUUUGCGGGAAAUAAUCCCAUUGAAGAGGACGAUUUUGCCACGUGGAGUGCAGGCCUGGAUAGCAACAUGGGCUUUUCUGGGCCUGUCGACUCGGCCAUCGACCACUCGUCCCCUUCAGCCAUUAGUUCCGCCAGCCAGGGUGCCUUCAAUGAAGUCAUGCUAGACGGUUCAGGCCAGCCCACUUCAGGAGCCAUGUGGCACAACCCGCUUGCAACUCAUCCCGGUGUGAACCCGACAUCUUACUCGCUCGAUGCCAUGACCCCCAUUUUCACAGAGCUAAUGGCGAACAAUGUUGGUCCCUUUGACAUGGGAGAGCACAUGGGGCAAAACGGCUUUUACAACCUUUCUUCGCCGCCCCCACUGACGACCAUGAGCCCAUCGGCAGGCAUACCUGGUAUGCCGAACCAGUACUUCCAAGCUCCCAUGACAUUCAAUUCUGAUACGGGCAGCAUCUCCUCAGCCUCCCACAAUGGCAGUGCAAGACAUAGCUCCGUCACAUCGGUUUCCACAGAGUCUAUCACGGAUGCCACAAGACAAGCACUGGUCUACAACUUAUCCCAGGCUCUAGGACUGGGCCACCCACAGAGGAAAUUUUCGCAGCCUUCGAUCAGCUCUCCUUUAUCCCCCGCUUCCAAUGGGAAACAGCAGCCUCAAACCGCGUCGCUACCCAGCACCAUGGAUAUCCAGCGUUAUGUGAAUGCUUACAUCCAGUGGUUUCAUCCCCACCUACCGUUUUUGCACAUUCCCACCUUAUCUUUUGAUACUCCCGCCUACACCUUCAAUCUCCGGACGCCUGGUGGCAUCAAUCAUGACAGCAUGGUCGGUGGUGGUGGCUGUCUUAUUCUUGCCAUGGCAGCUAUUGGUGCCUUGUAUGAGUUCGAGCACCCCGUUGCCAAAGAACUAUUUGAGGCUGCAAAGAAGAUGAUUCUUUACUACCUCGACGAGCGUCGCCGAGCUGGUCUCUCCGCUGUAGUGAACGGCCCCACCGCUGCAAAUGACCACGCCAACAAGCCUCCAUUAUGGCUCGUUCAGGCUAUGCUUCUUAAUCUGAUCUUCGGUCACAAUUGCGGCGAUCGUCAAGCUGCUGAAUCCGCGAGUACCCAUUGUGCCGCACUUGUGAGCCUGGCAAAGGCAUCAGGGUUGGACAAGCCUUACAACCCGCAAAGCGCCUCUCGAAGCCCGUCUAGUCACCCGGUUGGUGACGACACAGAAAUGAUCGAUGAUACAGGUCUCCAUUCGAGCCCCGACAGGGAGACUGCUGACGAACACACUCAGUGGAUACAAUGGAAGAUGAUCGAAGAACGCAAACGCACAUACUUUGCUGUAUUUGCCAUGUCCAGCCUACUUGUCUCGGCUUACGCGCAUGCUCCACGUAUAUUAAACUCUGAAAUCCGCCUAGACCUUCCAUGUGAGGAAGAUCUGUGGUCAGUAGACAACCCGCAGGCGUGGGUGGCAAUGGGCGGUCCUAUGAUUGCUCAAACCCGUGGGCUGUCGUUCCAUGCCGCAAUGUCAUAUCUGCUCGAAGCCAGCACCCGCCAUGCAGCGGAGCGUGCGAACAAGUCUUAUAAUCAGACCUUUGGUGGCAACCAACCGACUAAUGACGCUCCGGCAAGCGAGAUUCGGCCCAGUACCUUUGGCUGCUAUGUCUUGAUCAACUCUCUACAUGUGUAUAUCUGGGAGACAAGGCAAAGACACACAGGACGGGUUUGGUUCUCCCAUGAAACCGAAGCGAUGCAUUCGCAAGUCGAACCCGCUUUGAAAGCAUGGCAAGCAGCCUGGCGAGCCAACCCCAACCACAGUAUCGAGCGCCCCAGUCCUUUUGGUCCCCUUUCAGCAGACUGCAUACCACUUCUGGAUCUCGCCUACGUGAGGCUAUUCGUGAACCUUGGACGAGCUAAGGAGCUUUUGUGGCAAAGAGAUUUUGAAGGCAUGGCUAACGAAUUUGCGCGAGGCGUAGACAUUGUAGCUCAAGCUGGCUCGCCUGAGAGAACGUUACCUUUGGAUGGUACCAAAUCCAUCUCACCAGAGCAGCUGAACUCGCGCGACAUGGAUGGAGCUGGUCCAAACCAGUCCACCAAACGCGAGCGGCAUCUCCGCAAAGCCGCCUUUUAUGCGGCCGACUCAUUGUCAAUGGCUGACAAGCUUGGUGCUACCUACACCGACUUUACUGCAAGGGAACUACCCAACUCCUCGGCUCUGUGUACUUUUGAUUGUGCGCAAGUUUUGGCAGAGUGGGUUGCGACUGUUCAAGACCGCGUGGGACGAUUCCUGGGGGUGUUGGGUAAAGAUGAUAUCGACUAUUCUGCGGUUCCUGCUAUCAUGCUUCUCGAAGAAGAGGACACCAAGUUGCUGCAGAAAGUCGCAGACAUCCUCCACAAUGCCGAGAUGAAGCUGGCUUACGACAUCUCUUCGAAUGCUCUACCAAUGCUUGGUGGUCUCUCGAACCUAGGCCCAUGUGGAUACGGCACAAAACUACUGAUGGUGACCGCUUACAUGCUUUCUAAAGCGGCUGUCUGGCCAGGUAUGUUUCAUAAAUAUACCACCACAAAAUUGAAAUGCUAA